UGUGAAGAUCGCGAAGGUAAACAACUUUGUCGAGCGACCAAGCAUCAGUUUACAUCUCGCCUUGUUUGCAAUAAAGGAAACCUCAAUAACAAAACUUAGUCUAGUAUUUUUGUUACACUAAAUCCUGAAUAAAGCGAUAGUGACGUUGUUCGUUAGCCGUCUCAAUAUCAUCUCAUUUUCCAGUGUAAAUUUACAAAUUAUUGAGACAUGGCUUCCGAAGACGAAGUGGCUUUUCGCUCGAUGGUCCGCGCCUCGGGUCUCGGGGAGGUAUGGACCCACACCACCGAUCUGGAGAAGUUCCAGCAGUAUGGAUGGAGGACAACCAACAAAGAGGAUUGUUAUACUCCUGAUACACUGAUAGGAAACUGGAAUGAAGAGAGAUUUGAUAUCAAGAGAAUACGAGUACCAAAGAGCUUGCCAUCACAGUAUGACCAUUAUUUUGAUACAACCCAGAAGGCAUCUUACGUCAGUGACCCAAAACCAGUCCCCAAAAAUAUCCUCCAUUUACCAGCUCGAGAACCUAGAGCCUUCCCCGCCUCUCAGCCAGAAUUAGACCCACCGAUGGUAAAGGAGCGAUAUAAUUCAUUUGAGACCACAUCAAGAGCGUCGUACGUCGACCCCAAAAUAAGGAGAAAUCCUGUUCGUCAAACGGAAGCUAGCCAAUGAGAAUGCAUGUUUUUCUAGAUACUGAAGAUAAUUUUGAAUGUUCUGAACUUAUUAAUAAUUUGAUUGGAAACUGUGUGAAUCAAAUGUUCAACUGGGCAGAUAAGAAAUGAACUAAUUUGCAGAACGCAGCUAUGAUAAGCAUCAAGGCCAGAUGGACCAUCAGUUCGAAUAAGAUUUUCUAUACACACGAAGCAUCAGCCUGCAUGUAAUCACCCAAGUCAUAUGAACUUUCCAGACCAGUCUUAUCAAGAUUUACAAUUCAUCCAAUCAAUCUUAACUCUAUGGAAAUUCAACAGUAUUAUAAUUUUAUUUUUAAACAAAGGAGAACACACCAAAUUUUCAAGAAAUCAAUCAAUUUAUAAAUCAACUGGAAUUUUUUGAACAAACAAGCAAUUUAUAUGUUGACUUUGCUUGCUUUCCAAAUUUGCGAUUGAUCGGAUCAAUUGCAACUCUUUGUAAGACGGGCCUGUGUUUCGUGCAAAAGUUUAGUCAGUUAUUUUUUCACUGACAGUUUUUACAAGCUACUGAAAUCCUUGCAUCUGAUUGGCUGAUAGCAAAAUCCAUGGAAAGCUCCCAGAUUAUGCCAAGUUGCAAACAUGUGUGAUUUACUUCUAAAAAUCAGAUUUAUAUGAAUACAAACAUAUUUCAUGGUCCCAAGAAAUUAAUUUUUUGCAGAGUAAACUGUAUGAUUUGAUGACGGAUUGCACAAAUAGUUAUUAUAAUCUGAAUCAAUAUUGUUCACUGCCUUUUAUAAGUUAAACCCUAGCUUUCCUUGUAACUUAAGGGAGACUAUUACAAUGAAUUGUUACUGUGCUAUUUUUAUCAUAAACACCAUAAAUCGUGUAAGACUAUUCUAACCGUGCAUUAAGAGGUAUUUUUGCAUGCAUUUUCUUUGAACAAAAUAUGUUUCAUUGUUUAAUUAUAUUUCAUCUGCAUGUAUACGUUUUGAACAAACUCUGUGAUCAAAGUUGUAGUAAUCUAUCAUCUUUUCCAAAUCAUGCCAUAUAAAAAAUGAUGGAUUUGUAAUUUUUAAGGUUUGUGGUUCAGCAUUUUUUUUAGCUAUUUAUAAGUAAUGACCAUACAUGUAAAUGGUCAUCAUCACAUACAUGUUGGAGUGCCUUGAGCACCUAGCAAGGUGGAUAUGUGCACUAUACAAAUCAUGUAUUAUUAUUAUUAUCAUUAAUAAUCAAUAUCAGAUAGAAAGUAAUCUAAGUAUAUUUUCUGUUACUCUUAAAUGUGAAAUCAGAGAGCCACAUAUUAUUUUGUUUACUAGUAGCCUAUAUUGUAUGAAAUAUCUACGGCCACAUUUGAAUGUGUAUGUUUGAUGAUAAAGAUAUCAUCCUGAUACACAUUACUCAAUAUUGUGCAUACAUUGUACGCUGUACUUGUUUUAAAUGCGAAAGCUAAAAAUAUACUUUCUUAAUUUACAUCUGAUUUUAAUGAAAUUUAUAGUUAGUGUUACGCCUGGUUUAUUUUUCUUUUUAUUCAAAAGUACUUUUUGUUGUGGAUUUCAUGCAAUAUGAAUUUCAUAUUCACUGAAGUGUAGGUACAGUAAAGAAUAUUUAAUCCAAGAAAAUCAUGUAGAGUAAUUUUCUAUCUUUCUUAUGCAAAAACUUUCCAUUUCUUUCAAUUAUCCAGUAUAUUUACCAGCCCAAGAAUAAAGUCACUGUAAAAGAUAAAAUAAUAAUAAUAAUAAUAUAGGUAUUUAUAUUGCGCACAUAUCCACCUUGUUAAAUAUUAACAUGGUUCGAGUGCAAAAUCAAAUGUACAUGCAUGUCAUCUUUGUAACCAAAACAAUGUUCAUUAUAUAGUGUUAGACAUUUCAGACAUUAAUAUUUUGUAAGGAACCCUUUCCAGUUGUGACGACUCUUUAGACAUUUGAUUUAUAUUGCAUAUCUGUACUUCACUUCCGCGUCGGUUCAUAAAAAACAGUUCAUCUUCAAAAUGAAUUAUUUUAUAAUAGUUUAAGAAUAUAUUCAAAAUCUUGCUUGGAUCAAAAGCUAUUUUCCUUUAAUAGAUAACAGCAAAUCAAGCAAUGUUACUAAAAGCUAAAGUAUAAGGUUUAGGCCAGAAUUGAUUCGCCCUUUUCUAAAAAGUAACUUCCUGUUUAAGUGGUGUUGAAAUUUGUUUGUUCCUUUUCUUGUGGAAAAUUCUGUGCCACCUUUUUAUACGAAAUCCUGGAUCUGUAGUCCACCCCUACAUGUAAAAAAGAAAGAAAAAAAGCAGAAGUUUCUUUGAAACCUUUGCAAAAAACACAAGGAAUGAUAUUCAUUACAAUCGGAGUAUCGUAUCUAUUUCUAACUGCCGAGAUCAUGAUGUUAAAAUCACCUUGAUAUAUUGUAAUCAAUACAUAUUUUUUAAUUUGACGUGUGCAUGUAAACAUUAUGUAUGUGUUAAUGUAUGGGUAUACCUAGUGUCUCAAUGUGAUACAUGUAUCUAGAUGCUUAUGCUUAUAUAUUGUGUAUGAUUUAUAUGAAUUGUAUUCAAAGUAAUGGAUUUAUCAUUGAACAAGGCACAUCAUGAACAUGCAAUUGAUCAAUAAACUCUGUAUUUUGAAAUAC